AUGGCCUCAUCCUCAAAGCCCCCGAGCUUCCUGCUCUAUACUUGCAUAGCCCACCGCACCACAAUUCUUGCAGAGCACUCAUCCCCCGGAACCUCCUCAACCUCCGCCUCCUCCCUCGCCUCCAUAAUACUCCCCAAAAUCACGCACGAGAAAUCACAAAAGCUCACCUACACCCAUGAACGCCUCUUCGUGCACUACAUCGCCGACUCGCCCACAGGAGCAAGCGACGAUUCCAGCUUCCGCCAGGAACCCAACUCCUACGCUCCGCUAAGCUACAUCGUGGUUGCGACCGCUGAACAAGGCCGUCGCAUUCCAUUCGCCUUUCUCCUGGAAAUGAAACGCAAAUUCCUAUCCACCUACCCACCCUCCAGCACUGAUUUCGCCGCCCUACCGGCCUACGGCUGCGCCGCAUUCAACAAUGAGCUCCGCUCCCUGCUCCAGACGUAUAAUACCGCCCCGCCGUCGGACUCGCUCGCCUCAGCCCGCAGAGAAAUCGAUAGUGUGAGAGAUAUCAUGACGGAGAAUAUCGAGCGGGUGCUGGAGCGUGGGGAGAGGAUUGAUCUGCUUGUUGAUAAGACAGAUCGGUUGGGUGGGAGUGCGCACGAUUUUCGCAUUCGGAGUCGGGGCUUAAGGAGGCGGAUGUGGUGGAAGAAUAUUAAGUUGAUGGUGCUUUUGGGGGUGGUGAUUGUUUUCCUACUGUAUCUGUUCAUUGGGGUGGGAUGUGGACUGCCGGCUUGGGGGAAAUGUGUCGGUCAUAGUGAGUGA